AUGACUAGCAACUCCGGCCAUGAACUCACCACGGACGAGAUGCUGGAACUUGCUCUAGAUGGUGUCAGCAUACUUGGCUUGGACUUGGUGAAGGAUGAUACAGCCGAGGCAGCCGAAACAAAGUCCGCAAUCCUCACCACGAACCAGCACAAGGACAGACUUUUCCACAAGCUGCGCUGCGUCGCUGCUACGGGUCAGCUGGUUAUUUUUGAAGCCAUAGUCGAUGUCUACUUGCUUGCGCAUAAGCUGGACGAAGAUCAGGAAAGCGAGGUUUCGGGUUUGCACCGCGCCGUUGCGCAGUUGCAAAGGGAGGUGGCCGAGCUGCAGACAAAGGUAUCUUCGUUGGAGCGAUUCAACCGGAACAACGCGUAG